GGCCCCAAGCCCGGCCCCAAGCCCGGCCCAAGCCCGGCCCGGCCCCGCGCACGCGUGUCCCGCGGCGCUCCGGGGCACGGCCAUGGCCACGCUGGAGAGCCUGGGCCUGGUGGGCACCAUCGCCGAGGGGGACGCGGUGCCCGAGGAGCCCGAGUCUGACGACUCCGCGGAUGAGGAGGAGCUGUGCCGGGUGCCGGGCCCCAGGCGGCGGGGCCACAGGAGCGGGGACUUCAGCGCCGCGUUCGUGUUCGGGGAGGCGGAGGCCGGCGGGGAGGACGCCUGGGCGGCGGCGCUGCGGCAGCUCCGCGGCAAGAGAGCAGCUACGACGCUGGAUGAGAAGAUUGAGAAAGUGAGACAGAAAAGGAAGCUCCAGGAAAGGGAAGCUAAACAAACAAAAGCGAGAGAUGAAGAUGCGGAGGCUGAGGAUAAUCAAACCACAAAGAGGGAAUGUGAGGACUUCAGUAGGGAUGACGAAGAUGUGGAGUCUGAGUAUUCACUGGAUGAUGAAAGUAUCUUCACAAAAGCAGAUAAGGUCAAAGUGAAGGAACGGAGGAAAUCAAAAAAGGGACAAGUGGAAGCAGAGAGCUUUUUUGAAGAUGCAUCUCAAUAUGAUGAUAACUUGUCAUUCCAGGACAUGAAUCUUUCACGACCUUUGCUAAAGGCAAUCACAGCUCUCGGUUUCAAGCAACCAACUCCAAUUCAGAAGGCUUGUAUCCCAGUGGGUCUUCUGGGAAAGGAUAUUUGUGCCUGUGCUGCCACUGGGACAGGUAAAACAGCUGCCUUCAUCUUGCCUGUCCUUGAGCGCCUGAUUUACAAACCUCGUCAGGCUCCAAUAACACGUGUUUUGGUUCUUGUGCCAACACGAGAACUGGGUAUUCAGGUGCACUCUGUCACAAAACAGCUGGCACAGUUCAGCAGUGUCACAACUUGCCUUGCAGUAGGUGGCCUGGAUGUGAAGACUCAGGAAGCAGCUCUGCGCUCUGGGCCAGACAUUCUUAUUGCCACUCCUGGGCGACUGAUUGAUCAUCUCCACAACUGCCCUUCUUUCCACCUCAGCAGUGUUGAGGUGCUGAUUUUGGAUGAAGCGGACAGGAUGCUGGAUGAGUACUUUGAGGAACAGAUGAAGGAAAUAAUCAGGUUGUGCUCACACCACCGCCAGACAAUGCUUUUCUCUGCCACAAUGACAGAGGAGGUGAAAGAUUUGGCUUCUGUUUCCCUGAAAAAUCCCGUCCGAAUUUUUGUGAACAGCAACACGGAUGUUGCGCCUUUCCUGCGGCAGGAAUUCAUCCGGAUCAGACCCAACCGCGAGGGGGACCGUGAGGCCAUUGUAACAGCUCUCCUGACACGAACAUUCCGAGAUCACGUGAUGCUGUUCACCCAGACCAAGAAGCAGGCUCACCGUAUGCACAUCCUGCUGGGACUGAUGGGGCUGCGGGUCGGGGAGCUGCACGGGAACCUCUCUCAGGCACAGCGGCUGGAAUCACUCAGGCGCUUUAAGGAUGAGCAGAUUGAUAUCCUGGUAGCUACAGAUGUGGCUGCACGUGGACUUGAUAUUGAAGGUGUUAAAACAGUGAGUAUUUGCAGUGCUGAGGUUUUUAAUGAUGCCUUUAGCGUUGUUUCCCUGCUAACACCGUUUCUCUUACAGGUUAUCAAUUUUACCAUGCCCAACACCACCAAACACUAUGUCCAUCGUGUGGGUCGGACAGCCCGAGCAGGCAAGGCUGGGCGUUCAGUCUCACUUGUGGGUGAGGAGGAGCGCAAGAUGCUGAAGGAUAUUGUCAAGACUGCUAAAACAGCAGUGAAGGCCAGAAUUCUCCCCCAAGAUGUCAUAUUAAAAUUUCGAGAGAAGAUUGAGAAUCUAGAGAAAGAUAUCUAUGCAGUUCUGUGCUUGGAGCGUGAGGAACGUGAGAUGCAGCAGUCAGAGGCCCAGAUCAAUAAGGCAAAGAAGCAGCUGGAGACAGGAAAAAAAGAGACUGGAGGUGAGAGUUUGGAGCGGAGCUGGUUCCAGACCCGUGAAGAGAGGAAGAAGGAGAAAUUGGCUAAAGCCCUGCAGGAAUUUGACCUAGCAUUGCGGGGGAAAAAGAAAAGGAAGAAAUUUAUGCAGGACACACAGAAGAAAGCCCAAAUGACUCCAGAGGAAAGGUCACAGUUUGAAAUCUUGAAAUCUCAAAUGUAUGCUGAGCGUCUGGCCAAGAGGAAUCGCCGAGCAAAGAGAGCCAGAGCCUUGCCAGAAGAGGAACCAGCAGCAGUACCAGCAGGCCCUAAGAAGAAGAAAAAAGUGUCUGUGUUUGAUGAAGAGCUGACCAACACGAGCAGGAAGGCUCUGAAGCAGUACCGUGCCGGCCCUUCGUUUGAGGAUCGAAAACGUCUGGGUAUUGCCCAGCGCAGGAAAGGAGGAAACUUCAAAUCCAAGUCCAGGUACAAGAGGAAGUAAGAACUGUUGGCAGUUACCAGACAGAUAAUUUCAGACAUGCUCUGUACAGAGCCUGGAUUUCUUUGUACUGCAAGGAGACAACUUCAGUAAAGUUGAACGUUUUCUUCAAGGUCUGGAAUAGCUUUGGGAUAUUUGCCAAUACUUGGUUGAAGACCCUGUGUUAAAACAUCUGUAGCAGCCCAUGCAAUAAAGAAUUAUAUUUUUUAGGA